AUGCCAUUACCAAGCAGACAAAAUGUUCCACCGUCAGGUAAGAGUAUAUUGAUAUUUGCCUAAAUUCACGAAUAAAGUUUUAAAAUCAGGUGAUAAUGAGAAAGCACCAUUAAAAAUUCGUAGAAAAUGGGUUCAUAGAAAAUUUUAGAACCAUUGUGCUCAUUGAUAUCUUUGUUUAUAGUCGAUGACUCAUGAGCUUAGCGUGUCCAUGGACGGUGUGGAACCCCCCCGGGUCUCGAGCCUUCAGUGCCCAAAGACUUUCUCUACCCUUUUACUGUGAAUCUCUCUCUCCCUCUCUCUCUCUCUCUCUCUCUGUCGACUCUUAAACAGCUUCCAGUGGUUGAAAAACCACAGAUCACAACGUGACCAAGCACGCAAGAAAAUAUGCUGAUGUCUAGUAAAUGGAAGACAACGAGCAAAUAAGAAGAAUAACGCCAAGAAAAAAGAACAGCCCACCCACAUACCAAACCAGAGCCGAUGGGGAAACGCAGCAAAGAAGAACAACCACAACAGAAGGAGAGAGCAACAUAACACAGAACAACGAUGACUACGGCGGCUGCUUUCCCUUUCGCUACUCACUCAGCCAAGCAGCAUCUACAGGCCUUAUUACCACCACAAAAGAGGGGGAAAGGGAGCUGAGGGAGGAGGCGAAUAGUGAGCCACCGUCAUCCCUCACCCAGGGACUAUUAAUCCAUCCAUCCCCUAUCCUCACCCCGGCUCGUCGAAGCACUGCCGGUGCUACGUGGCCGCAGCCUUGUCUCCCGCUUUCCACUUCAUGGCCCUCUUUGCCUGCCUCUCCACCGCCGUCACACCUCGUCCCCUCUGCUGCGUCCUUGGUCUUAUGGGACAAGGAUAAGAACCAGGACGAGAAAGCCCCACUGGUUGCCGCCACCGACGGUGAAUCGGCAUCGUCAGAGGCCCCACUAGUUCACCGGCCGAACCUCCUUGUGGCCGGCCCUGAUAUGGCCAUGGUCACCCCACCGCCUGCUGCUGAGGAGCAGAGUGGACGACCUGGGGGCGACGUAUUAGUGCUCCUCGAGCUCCUGGUGAGGUCCUCCUCCUCUUCCUCCUCCAAUCCGCCUCAGUAAGCAUACUGACACUGGCUGAGGUCCUCCUCCGUCGCCUCUUGGUCAUCCACCGGCGCCGACAAUGGCAUAAUCCACUAGGCCCUCAGGAGUAGGCGUCCGGGAUCCGGUGGAUGAUGAGGAAUCCGAAGGGUAGCUUGCAAGGCGGGAAGGUCGGGUUCCUGUCCUUGCAGGAAGCCCAGCUCAUGGUGCAGGUGACGCAGACUGGGAGGGGAAGAGUGGAGAAUAAAUAGCACGAAGCCGUUUAUUUCUCCACACUUUCUUUCUCCUUCGGCGCCACCGGCACCCUGAGAUGGGCGUCGUACAGGGACAAGAACCCAACCUGUCCGCAGUGCAAGCCGUCCUUCGAGGUGCUCAUCGUCCACCCAACCUUGGACACCUGCUCCUGAGGGCCGAAUGGUUCGUGCCCCACUCGGUGCCGGUGGAUGGCCAGAAGGCGUCGGAGGAGGACCUCAACAACCACCAGCAUUAUUACUACGGUGGAUUGGAGGAUGAGAAGAGGAGAAUGAUAUAGAGCGCGACAGCUAUGUCGACGCCCGGACCUCCAUUCUGCUCAUCAAACACAAGGUGGCGGGGCGACAACGGCCACAUCAGGGCCAACCACACGGAGGCCCAACCGUUGAACUGGCAGUGCUCCGGCGGCGCCCAUCCCCAGCCGACAGCAGAAACCAACAGCUUGUUCUCCUCACCGCCCUCGUCCUCGACCCAUAGGGACAAGAAGCUGGAAAAAGGGGGGGUGGUGGAGGUGGUGUUGGGGAGGCGGGCAAACAAGGCCAUGAAGAGGGAAGUGGUGGACAAGGCGGCAUUAUUUACCUUUUGUUUCGUGUAA